UCCUUUAACUUCCCGAAUCGGUCGGGGACAUCCACUCGUCGUCGUCGUCGUUGCCCGCGAGUUCCGCAAUUUUUACCGAAAGUCUACGAUAUACUGAUACGUGUUGUGCGUUCCUUUAUUUUGCACCGUCGACGAGCACCGACCGACGAAUUGUUUCGCGAAAAUGGCCACCGAAACGAGCCAAGAGCAGGACCUCCAAAAGCACAAGGAGAACGGCGAGGUCACGUACGAGGUUAGAGAACUCAUAGAAGGGGCGCCCUAUGGCACCGACAUGACCUACAAGCACAAAGUGUUGUGGCGUAUCGUCGCCCUUUACGUUUGGUUCCACACCGGGUGGGUGAUCGGCGCCUACACCGCGUUUUUCCAUGCCAAAUGGGCUACUUUGGCCUGGGCGUUCGUCUGGCUAGUUGUCGCGCUCAUCGGAGAAGGGAUAGUCUCGCAUCGGUAUUACAGCCACAACGCUUUCAAAGCGACGCCACUUCUCAGGGUGAUCCUCCUCUUCUGCCAGACCUUGUCCGGCCAGAACAGCGCGUUGACAUGGGCGAAGGACCACAUCAUGCACCACAAGUACAGCGACACGGACAUGGAUCCGCAUAACUCGAAUCGCGGAUUCUUCUUCGCUCACGUGGGCUGGCUGAUGAUGGAGAAACACCCGAUGCUGCUGCAGAAGGAGAGCGAGAUGGACUUCUCCCGGUUCGAACAGGACAAACUGUUGAUGUUCCAGCACAAGUACUUUCUGCCCCUUUACCUCGUGUGCGCGAUAAUGAUGCCCGUGUCGGCGGCGAUGUACUUUUGGAACGAAACGUUCUGGAACGCUUUCUUCGCUGGUUACAUGUUCCCAUAUGUGUUCGUCUUGCACGCGACUUGGUCUAUCAAUUCGUUCGCCCAUACGAUCGGCUCCCGGCCCUACGACACGAGGAUCGCGGCGAGGGAGUCUUGGGUGACGAUUCUGGCCACGCUCGGCGACGGAUUCCACAAUUUCCAUCACGCUUUCCCGUGGGACUAUCGCAUGACGGACACGCCGUACAGCUUCUACGCGAAGCUGAUCGAUUUCUGGGAGUACCUCGGCCUGGCCUACGAUCUCAGAAUAGCGAAACCCUCGCUCGUUAGCCGCCACCAGAAGAGAUACGGGGACGAGUCGCAAAGGUGGAAGGUGCUCGACCAAAGGGCGAAGUCACAGUGAAACGGAACCAACGGGACCACGAUCCGAGCAGAACCGCGAGACAUCGUCGACAAUGACGAUCAACGGAUAAAGCGUCCCUUUAUUUGUCAAUCUUUUGUAACAGCUGCGAAACAUCGGGCUCGGGGGUGCAAUUUAAAGUAUUCGGUGAAACGUAACCCUUUAGACUGAUCUGUGAUAGGGCGCGGAUCUGUUGUCCGGUCUCACUUUAUAGCGGGAUCAGUUUUUACUAGACAAUGACUCUGAUACUUCGUUUGAAUUCUGCUGUUGUUUGGAACGGUAAAAAUGAAGGAAUAAUAUAACUCCGUGUUUUCGACUUCGUCGUUUGAACCUGUAACGAAAAUUUGACAGAUGCGUCGCGAUAGACGGGUCUCGGUAACUUGUGAGUAUUGCAAUGAAUGCGUUUCGAUACAAAAUCUGGAAAAAUGCAUUUCUCAAAUUUUCGUUGUAGACUUUGGACGCUUGCCGUUACAAUUACGAGGGCAUUAUAUACCGAAUAUUUUAUUGUUUGUGUGUAUAAAGUUAUCUGUAAAUCCUCA